CUCACAGCGCCUGGGGCUACUGCCACACAUGUAGAUAAAUAUGAUUCCUCGAUACCUGCCCCCAACCUCCCUGCUCUUCCAUUAGUGUCAGCGGUGGGAUCAGACCGGAGUCCCAGCUGCUAACCCAGGCCCAGGGCCCAGGCCGGCUGAGCGCUCUGUGCUGGACGGAGAUGGCCUUGGUGCUGGUCGCUGCCUUUUGCCUUCUGAGCGGUGCCUACGCCCAGGACUGGGGUGUGACACUCGCACCAGGGCCCAUUGAAAGAUGGGCAGGCUCCUGCGUGACCAUCCCCUGCUCCUUCACCUACCCCGCAGGGUGGAUGGUCAGGGCUGUGAGCUGGAUACGGGACGGGGAUCAAACCGUGUAUCACUCGGACGAGGCUCGUGUCCACGCUGACUUCAAGGGGCGCGUCCGCUACCUGGGGGACCUGCAGCACAACUGCUCCCUGCGGGUGGCGGGGCUGCGCCCCAGCGAUCAGGGCACCUACCGCUUCCGGUUCGAAGUAGUGGGCAAUGGCAGCAGCCAUAACGCAUGGACGGGCAAGACAGGACAGCGGCUCAGUGUCUCCGACGAUCGGUGCCAGCCCUCCCUGGGGCGCCGACUGGAACCGGGAACCUCCCUCAACUGCUCCGUGGGGGCCACCUGUCCCCAUCGCCCCUCCUGGUACGACCGAGAUGGCGCGCGGCGGAGCCCAGAGCAAACCCCGGGCAGGGCUGGGGCGACCGAGCUGCAAAUAUCCCCGUCCCAGCUGGACCCCGGCGCGGCGCUGAGAUGCCAGGUGGAUGGAUACAGGGAUGAGUGUGACUCUGCCCAAUCCCAGCCCCUGGGGACAGUCGCCCCCAACGUGUCCAGGGUUGAGGUUUCGUGGCCGGCAGGGAAGGCAGCGCUGAGGGAAGGCGACAAUUUUACCCUGCGCUGCCAGGCUGCUGCCCUGCAGCCCGUCGCCAGGUACGUCUGGUCCCGCGGGGACGUGUGGCUGCCAGAAGCCGGGCAGGAUUUACGUGUUGACAAGGCAGCCGUCUCUGACGGAGGGAGCUACGCGUGCGGGGUCUGGGUCUCUGGCCCCGGCUGGGGGUAUCUGAGCCUCUCUGCGAGGGAAUCGAUCCAAGUUCAGCACGCCCCCACAGGUGUCCGUGUUAUGGCAGCACCGGGCACCAGCCUGCAGGAAGGGGAAUCGGUGACACUAACGUGCAGUUACACCAGCAGCCUCCCCGCCCCCGACUCCUACGCCUGGUACCGGGGCGGCCGGCAGCUGGGGGGAUCCCAGCGGGAAAUGGGGUUUGUGACGCAGUAG